GGCGUGUUUUUAAAGUAAGUACCGUUUUAAUAUAACGCCGCUGGAGCGCUGCAGUCGGCACUUAGCGCAUGCGCACUGUGUACCUACAUCUGUUGGGAAGCCACAAACGCCAUUACGGAGCCAGUCGACUGUGUUUACUGUUGUUUGUGUGUUAUUGAAAUGCCGCCGCUCAUUGAGAAUCCCGCCGACAGCGAAGUGCGUGCCGUUAUUCGUUUUCUCAGUGCUAAAGGCUCGAAAGCGGCUGAAAUUCAUUGCCAAAUCAGUGAAGUUUAUGGUGAAAGCGUUAUGAGUGAAGGAAUGAUACGAAAAUGGGUUAGGGCCUUUAGUAAUGGCCGCACAAACAUUCACGAUGAGGAACGAAGUGGGCGACCUUCAGUCAUUAUCGACGAUUUGAUUGAAAAAGUGGACUGUAGAGUGAAAGAGAACAGACGAUUCACGAUUUCAUCUUUAUCUAAAGAGUUUCCUGCAGUUUCAAGAAGUGUUCUCUAUGAAAUUGUGACCGGACGAUUAAAUUAUCGGAAGUUGUGUUCCCGUUGGGUGCCGAAAAUGUUGACGGAGGAGCACAAAACCAAACGUUUGGCCAGUGCAUUGACUUUUCUUGAGCGCUACAGUGACGAAGGAGAUGAUUUUUUAAGUCGUAUUGUUACAGGCGAUGAAACGUGGGUAGCCUACGUUACACCGGAAUCAAAGCAACAAUCCAUGGAAUGGCGACAUUCAUCAUCUCCAAGGAAAGUCAAGUUCAAGCAAACA